UCAGUCUCUCGAACAAUAACUCCUUUUGAUUUGAUUUUCCUCUCCAUCGCAAAUUCAGUCUCUUCGCUUCUGAAGUAAAAACUAAACUUAAAAUCUCCAAAAUUCAAAACCCUAAUUCUCAUCUAAAUACGAAAAUCAAAAUGGAAAUGGAGGUUGAUUUCAAAGGCUACAAGCUCAGCUGCGAGCUUCGAGGUCACGAAGAUGACGUUCGUGGUAUUUGUAUAUGUGGUGAUUCUGGAAUUGCGACUUCAUCAAGGGACCGGACUGUGAGGUUCUGGUCGCUUGACCCGUCAGACCAGGACAAGCGUAAAUAUGCUAUGUCGAAAAUUUUGUUGGGACAUUCGAGUUUUGUGGGCCCGUUAGCUUGGAUUCCACCCAAGGAAGAUUUUCCAGAAGGUGGCGUUGUUUCUGGUGGAAUGGAUACAUUGGUUUUGGUUUGGAACUUGAGUACUGGAGAGAAGGUGCAGACGUUAAAUGGCCAUCAGUUGCAAGUUACCGGAAUUGCUUUGGAUAAUGAGGAUUUUGUAUCAUCUUCUGUUGAUUGUACUUUGAGACGAUGGAGGAAGGGGCAAUGUAGUGAGUCAUGGGAGGCUCAUAAAUCAGCUAUCCAGGCAGUUAUAAAGUUGUCUACAGGCGAGCUUGUUACAGGUUCAAGUGACACAACGUUAAAACUUUGGAAAGGGAAGGAAUGUGUACAUACUUUUGUUGGCCAUACAGAUACUGUUCGAGGCUUAGCAGAGAUGCAUGGACUGGGUAUUCUAUCUGCAUCACAUGAUGGUUCCAUCAGGUUAUGGGCAUUAACUGGGCAAACAUUGAUGGAGAUGGUUGGACAUACUGCCAUUGUCUAUUCUGUUAAUUCACACUCUUCCGGACUUAUUGUGAGUGGUAGUGAAGAUUGUUCAUCAAAGAUUUGGAAAGAUGGCGUUUGUAUUCAAAGUUUGGAGCAUCCUGGUUGUGUUUGGGACGCCAAAUUUUUAGAAAAUGGCGACAUUGUCACAGCAUGUUCAGAUGGAGUCGUACGUAUUUGGACAUCAGAUCAAGAUAGAAUUGCAGAUCCAUUAGAUCUCGAGUCAUAUGUAUCACAACUUUCUCAAUACAAGUUAAGCAGGAAGAGGGUUGGAGGCCUCAAGUUAGAGGAGUUACCGGGCUUAGAUGCCUUAAAGAUUCCAGGAACCAGUGAUGGCCAGACAAAAGUCGUCAGAGAAGGGGACAAUGGUGUAGCAUAUUCCUGGAAUUUGAGAGAACAGAUAUGGGAUAAGAUUGGUGAAGUCGUCGAUGGGCCAGAUGAUGGCAUGAAACGGCCUGUUCUCGAUGCAAUCGAGUAUGAUUAUGUAUUUGAUGUUGAUAUUGGAGAUGGUGAGCCUAUUCGUAAGUUGCCUUACAACCGAUCAGAAAAUCCAUACUCAACUGCUGAUAAGUGGCUUCUCAAAGAGAAUCUUCCUUUUUCUUAUCGUCAACAAAUCGUAGAGUUCAUACUACAGAAUUCUGGUCAACGUGACAUUACUCUUAAUUCAUCAUUUCGUGACCCAUAUACUGGCUCUAAUGCUUAUGUACCUGGACAGCCUUCCAACUUAUCUGCUGUUUCAGCAACACCUACUUUCAAGCAUAUUCCCAAGAAAGGAAUGCUAGUUUUUGAUGUGGCACAAUUUGAUGGGAUCCUGAAAAAGAUAACCGAGUUCAACAAUGCACUUCUAUCUGACCCAGACAAAAUGACAUUGUCUUUGUCAGAGGCUGACAUUUCCAAACUUGCCGAGGUGGUUAAAAUUUUAAAGGAUACUUCACAUUAUCACACCAGUAGAUUUGCAGAGGUUGGCAUUGCUUUGGUGGUGAAAUUGAUAAAAUCCUGGCCGGUCUCAAUGAUAUUUCCAGUUGUUGAUAUCCUGAGGAUGAUUGUUUUACACCCAGACGGGACAAGUGUACUUCUAAAGCAUAUCAAAGAUGGAAAUGAUAUACUACUGGAAUUGAUUGAGAAAGUCACCGCUAAUUCUCCGCUAGCUCCAAACCUUUUAACCAGCAUCCGUGUUAUUACCAAUUUAUUCAAGAAUUCAGGCUUUCAUAGCUGGCUACUUGGCCAUCGCAGUGAGAUCCUUGAUGCCUUUUCUAGUUGUUCUUCAUCACCAAACAAGAAUUUGCAAUUGUCUUAUUCUACUUUGAUACUCAAUUAUACGGUGUUGUUAAUAGAGCAAAAGGAUCAAGGAGGUCAAUCUCAAGUUCUUUCAGCAGCGCUGGAGAUUGCAGAAGAGGAAAAUCUAGAAGCUGUUUCAAAAUUUCGGGCUUUAGUUGCGAUUGGGUCACUGAUGCUUGCUGGUCUGGUUAAACAAAUUGCAAUCGACUUUGAUGUUCUGAACAUAGCAAAAAUUGCUAAGGCUUCUAAAGAAGUCAAUAUUGCUGAAGUUGGAGCUGACAUUGAACUGUUAACAAAGAACAACUGAAUCUCUUAAUCACUGCUGAGUUAGGUAAUAAUCAAGAGGUAGAAGAAAAUCUGAAAAGAAACCCAUGAUUUUAUGGGAGUUAUGCAGCAAGUGGAUUAGUUGUUUGAGAAAUACUUUCAUCUGGAACAUGUUUGCAAAUCUCACGAAUAUUAUUAUGCUGAACUUACAUCACAAGUCUUAAAGCAAAACCAGAACAAAAGUAGAGUUCGCCAGUUUGGGUUAAACAAUUGUAUCAUACCAAUACUCAAAUGAAACCUAAAUUCAAAUGAAAAUCAAUUGCAAAUGAACUCUUGCUAUUUUAUUGAUUUA